ACCAUCUGACCUUCCCUUGGUGUUAAAUUCUACAAAAUCAUUGAAAUUUGAACCAGCCAUUAGUGACCUAUUUGUUUUCAGCGAAAGUACAAGUGGUUUGAGCAUGCAUGACCACAAUGCGAAGAAUUUGCUAAAAAUAGGUUAGAUGUUCAACUGGCUGUCCUUUCACACCAAACCUAAAACACAGGAAGCCUCACAGCCACUUAGACGACACCAAAUGAUGUCACGUGUAGCUAUAGAUCACGUGAUAUACGCCUCGGAAAAAAAGAGCUCGCAUUGAGCGUGUAUAUUUUCUUCAUGUGCUAAAGUUUAGAGCCGCUGAAAGUUAAGUGCUUUCGCUCAGGAAAUCCCUGAAUUCCCUUUUGAUGUCGAGGAAGAAGAGCAUUUGGCGGAAAGGGUAGUGGUUGAGGUCCUGAUAUGCCGAUUGCUCUUAAAAUGACUUAGAAGACGCUAAAGAGAUGAUUUAGUUAGGUGAUCAACACCGGGGAAGCCUUGAAAAGCAAGCUGUCUUUCUUUGGAUAGUGAAAUGGCUGGUGAGGAAAGGUCUGGAUACUCUAUCAGCACAGAUCCAGAGUCCAUGAGUGUCGAAUUAAAACCGUCAUACGCUUCAGUUAAAAAAGAGAGGUCUUUUUCACAGGUCGAUACGCGCUCGAAAAAAGGUUGUAUUCCCUUGUUUUUUGAGCGAGCUUCUUCUCAAUGGUGGAAGCCCUCAUUUGAUUCGGAAAUUUUGGAAGAGGAGUUUCAGCGUUUCACUUCCCACAACCAAAGGCGUCUCGUCCACGCUCUCGUAUUUGUAUGCCUCGUUUGUGUCACCUGGGGGAUAUUUUUUGCGGUUCUGCUCAAGAGUGAAGGCUAUCAGAUCUUAGUAGGAGCUGGGUUUUUUUUGGGGUUAGUGAUCUCCUUAAUACUGUUUACUAAAUUCAGCAGAUUGUACAAGAAAUGUGCAUCGUUUGUUUCGUUGCUCGCGUCUGUUUUACUGAUCGCCAUGGAACUUUGCCUGUUCGCUUUGCGAGAGAGGGGAACAGCUCUUUCGAACCCGGCUCGAUUUUGUAUGUGUACAUGUGUUAUCAUGCUGAUUUAUACCAUGAUCCAUUCGCUUCAUUUGUACAUCUGCAUUGUAAUGACGGUGGCUUUUUCUGUCGCUCACGAAGUUCUCUCUGACGUGGUCACCGACGAAAAGGAAAGAGACAGCCAGCCCAAGGAAAUCAUCUGUCGUUUAAUUUUGCACAUGUGUAUUCAUCUGUUUGGAAUUCAAAUCUUUUUCAUGGCCCAAGUACGAGAAAGAAGCACUUUCUGGAAGGUUGGUCAAUGUGUUGUUGCUCGUCGCGACUUGGAAAUUGAAAAACAGGUGAAAGAACAGAUGAUCCGAUCGGUAAUGCCGGAUUUAGUGGCCAAAGAGCUGCUUGUGGUCGAAGAAAUGGAGGAAGAUCCGAAGGACAGUACAAACGGCAAGAAAAGACGACGAAACAAAGGCCAGAUGGUCUUCCGACCGUUUCAGAUGCAUCGCAUGGAGAAUGUCAGCAUUCUUUUCGCCGAUAUCGUGGGCUUCACCAACAUGUCUUCCAAUAAGUCUGCUGAGCAAUUAGUUAGGCUCUUGAACGAUCUCUUUGGGCGCUUUGAUCGCCUCACAGAUAUCAAUAACUGCGAGAAAAUCAGCACCCUUGGUGAUUGUUAUUAUUGUGUGGCAGGAUGCCCUGAAGCGACAGCCCAUCAUGCAUUUAAUUGUGUGGAGAUGGGACUGGACAUGUUGGAACAAAUCAAAGAAUUUGAUGCGGACACCAAGAAUGAAGUUGACAUGAGGGUGGGCGUUCAUACAGGGACUGUUCUAUGUGGUAUUGUCGGCUCGCUACGCUUUAAAUUUGAUGUUUGGUCCAAUGAUGUAAACUUAGCAAACCGCAUGGAAACGGCUGGUCUCCCUGGACGUGUACAUAUCACUGCAACAACACUUAAGUUUCUUGCUGGUCACUAUAUUGUGGAAGAUGGUAAUGGCAGUUCACGUUAUCAUGGCUUGGAAGGUAUUAAGACUUACUUCAUUGUUGGUCGUAAGAACGGUAUGAAGAAACCAAUGAAUCUGCUUCACCCAAGUGGACGCAAAAAGAAACCAGCAAUCCUAAACUCCAUCAAUGUCAGCAUGAAUGAGAAUGCUUCUCAUUACAGCAGUCCACAAGAAAACAAGAAGCAUGUCAAGAUCUCAGAACAGAUUACCUCCUCAGAUGUGAUGUUUAACUCUGAUUCAAACAUUUCCAGUCAAGGUGAGUCAAGUUCGGACAAUGGUCCUAAAAUCCUUAAAGGCAACCUGAAAGUCAAGCCUGGUGUCAUUGAAAUGGACUAUUGCAGUGGAACUUCAAUCCGAUCUGAUGAUGAUGAUGAAGAUUCUAAUGGAAGAGUGCCAGAGGGUCAAUGCUCUCCUCAAGUUUUGGGCUUAUCCCUGAAUGAAGCUUUAAUGAGGGAUACUCUGAGAACAAACAAUGAUCAGCAACUUGUCAAAUUGAUGAGUCAAGAGAGCACUAGCGAUGAGUACUUUCACAGGUCAAUGAACCCUUGCACCCUACAGUUUCAUGACAGAGAAACUGAGGGACGAUAUCAGAAUGAAGGUCAGGACUGUACGUUGUUGAACCCUUCGGUGACAACGUUUGCAUCUCCCAGAGUGAACUUCUUUUUAGAUGUGUUGCUUUCCAACAUUAUUUAUCUAGUCAUAAUGAUUUUAGGCUUCACGCUCUACCAACCUGUUCCAUUAGCAGUGCAGGUCUUGUCGCCAAUUUCAAUUGUUAUUGAAAUAACAUUGUUCUGCUUAACAGUUGCCAGAGCAUUUCCACAUUUAUAUUCUGUAUGUAUACACCAAAUUGUUGGUUACAUUUGCGGCUGGUUCACAAGCCAUCUUAUAGGAGCUCUUUUAAUGUGUCUUCCCAUGGGAACACUCUUUGCAAACUUCAUGAACUGUAAGGACCGUACUGAUUCAAAAGCAAGAGAAUUCUACUCCUUAAUAUUUGCUGUGGCACUUUUACAUUUCUGCAAUUUCACUCAACUUACAUCUUGGAUGAAGACUGUACUUGCUGCUGUGUUUUCUAUUACAUACAUUAUUUUGCUUACUUAUGACGAAUUUUGUGCAUUUCGGCCUGGAGCAGAAUACAAUGAGCGUUUAGGCUUAGAAAUCAUGGUUUGCAUUGGCUUACUUCUGAUUUUUGUGUGUGUGUUAAAUCGUCAGUUGGAAAUGAGCGUACGACGUAAUUUCAAUGGAGAUGAGGAAGCUGCUAAAGACAAACGAAAAGCGCAAAUGCACAAAGAGCAGGCUGCCUGGCUACUGGAGAGCAUUUUCCCUAAACAUGUAGCAGAUGCACUAAAACUGUCUAGUCAUUACUCACGGAACUAUGAAAAUGUUGGAGUAAUUUUUGCUUCAAUAGUAAACUUUUCUGACUUCUAUGAAGAGAACUUUGAAGGUGGCAAGGAAUGUAUCAGAGUUUUGAAUGAACUUGUUGGUGACUUUGAUGACCUUCUGACAGACAAAAGCCAGUUUAGCCAAGUGGAGAAAAUCAAGACAGUCAAUGGCUCAACCUUUAUGGCUGGGGCUGGCCUCUACCCAGAAGGUUGCGCCAAAAAAGAUGCCCACCCAUAUGACCACCUGAAGCAACUUGUUGAAUUUGCUUUGGGAAUGAUCAAGGUUGUUGACAAAUUCAAUGAACACAUGCUGGGAUUUGAGUUUCAUUUACGGAUAGGAUUUAAUGCUGGGCCAGUCACAGCAGGGGUCAUUGGUACAACAAAACUUCUCUAUGACAUAUGGGGAGACACAGUGAAUAUUGCAAGCAGAAUGGACUCCACUGGUGUGAAAGGGAGAAUACAGGUCAGCGAGGCAUCUAAGAAACUUCUUGAUGAAUUCUUCACAUUUGAGCGUAGAGGAACUAUCCCAGUCAAGGGCAAAGGCCAUAUAACCACCUACCUCCUCACUGGAAGAAGAACAGAGGCAACUACAGAAGCUGGUGCUUGUAUUUGUGAAGAAAUCAGGGAAACUGUCAUUGAUUGAGAGUGAAGUGGCAGGCAUCUUGUAGUCAUGUAUGUUAUUACAUAUAAAUAUACAUAUACUAUUAUAUAUUAAAAAUAUAGGGUAAUGACAAAUUAAGUUGACAUUUGUAAAGAAUUAAAAUUUUAAAGUAUGUGCUCUUCAUGUUAUAUUUAGUAAGUGUAUAUUUAAAAUUAGAUUGGAAAAUAGUAAGAGUUCUAUUGGAAACAUUUUAAAAAUACUUAAAAGAGAAAAUUUUUAGAUAAAUUUGAUGCCAAGUAUAGCAAAUGUAAAAGUAAUUAAAUAAUAUCAUAUAAGAAAUAUGUUUCUAUGGAUACAGAACUUCAUACCCACUGAUUUAUUAUUGACUCAUAACAAAGAGGCAAAGAUUCCCAAACAGAUUUCUAACAGAUGUAUGUCCAACUUGAAUUAAUAUUUCCAGCCUGGGUUUCAUUACUGAAUGCAGUUGUUUGACCAAGUCCAAAUGUUCCCAAAUUGCUUUGGGUAAGAACCAGCCAUAGAUAGUAAUUACUAUUAGCAUACAUUGUAAAGCAGAUCAAGCUUUACAAUUUUUUUUCAGUGACCCAUUUCUGUUUUCAGGUAGGUUUUUGAUGGCUGGUUUUCGAAAUUUCAGCAUCUUUUGACAGACACAAUUACUGUGGAUGAUCUGAUUAUGUGCUUUUAGAAAAGGGAAAAUAAAUUGCUUUCUUUAUUUGUUUAAUAAGCACGUCUUCUGAUUCUAGUUGUGUGACUCACCAUUUGAUAUAAGAAAACAUCAUUCAAGGUAGCUAUUCUUCCACUAUGGGCAUGAGUGAGAAGCAUAUCAUCAGCUUCACUUAUUUAAGCUUCAAUCUGUAUGGCUGACCUAUUGUGUGUGGUCUAAUCUGUUAACUGUGGGAGUCACUUAUUUAAACAAAAAGGCAAGCUUUUUUAACACAAUAUUUUGUUAUGCUGUCAUGAAGUUCAUUCAUCUUCAUGGAGGAGUUAAAAUUUGGAUCCUGAAAAGUCUGGUUUUCCAAUCAAUAUCUACGAUAACUGGAAUGGGUAUCUGCUCUCUCACUUAUAAGAUGUUUUGCUGAAUUAUGUAAUAUGAAUGUAUUUCUCAUCUUGAGCUUUCUUUAAGUGGUGAUGGACAAAUUUCUUAUUAGUUUAUUUCAAAUUUAGUUACUGGUAUAUUGUUUGGGAGAAAAGCCAAAUGUUAACCUUACAAAAAGGAUUUAAUGCUCAGACAGUGUUACUUUACAGAACCAUUUUAUGUAUUGUUAAAUAAAUAAAUAUUGAAAUGCUGUUA